GUUUCAUUUUCUCGCUCAUUCUCGCUUCUCGCGAGAUUUCCAAUCCUCCAAUCCUGGGACGCAAGUACAGAUUUUGCAGGCUGGUUUUCCACCAGGAGACAGCAGGGGGCCACAGAGGUGAUUUUACCACCACAAUGAUUUUUCUAAACUCUCUAAUUUAGUUUAAAACGCUAAAUAGUUCUGCUUCAAUGCCACCACCAGUGUUGAGUCACAUUACUUUUAAAAGUUACUUGUUAUGUUGCAGAGUCACAUACUGAGAAGUCACUGCACCAGAUAAUCAUAUAUAAGUACAUUCACUGUGACAUCACACGUUUCUCUUCUCAGGCCUUACUAUGGUCACAUGACCGUGUCACCUGACCUGUACUCCGCCAACAGUCACAUGAUGAUGUCACCUGAUGUGUAUUCACCCAACGGCUACCUGCCCCGACCAGCCAAUGAGCAGCCGGUGGGGGGCGGCUACCUGCCCAGCGUGUCCUACAGCCUGGACCACCUGGACAGACUGGACUACCAGGGUCGGGAGAUGCUGCCCUACCAGCCCAACUCAGAGAGCUGUCUGAUUGGCUGCUACAACACAGACGAGAUGGAGCCAGGUCAUUUUCACAGACAGUCUGACUAUCGGCCUUCGUGGCGGUCGGAUCGUGUCCUGGGGUACCUUCCCCUCAGCGAGCUGGACAGCGGGCUGGGCUGUGGCCCCGACAGUCCUCACCACCGGGUGCCGUUCUCUGAGGCCGAGACGGAUGCCAUGUCCUCGCUGCCGGGCCACACCCCCUCCUCCCAGGGCUCCUCCUCCUCCUCAGAGUCCCUGAUCUCGUCUGAGCCCAGCGACUCGGGCUUCCACAGCGUCAGCACCGGGGAGCACCGCCGGCUGCACAAGAUCCACAGCCACGCCCACCGCCAGCCGCACCACCUGCGCUCAGGCCACUCCCCCCGCGAGCAGAGAGGACGCUGGGAUCUGGAGUCCAUCCCCGAGACAACGCCCAUGACUCACUCUGGAGCCCCGCAGGCGUCUCGCUGCACCGUGGGCAACAGCACCACCACCACCGUCCACUUCCACCGAGCCGAGAGGAGCCCCACGCUGCCCCGCCACCGCUCGCCACCCUCCCCGUCUGUCGGUUGUCGUACCGAGCCGUGCCAGCGCAGGGCGCUGUGGUUGGAACAGCAGCAGGGCGGAGGCGGGAUGAUGGAGGCUCCAGGGCGGAGUCAAACCAUCACAGACCUGAGUGAAGGCCAGCGGCGCCGCAGGGCCAGCCACCCCAACACAGCUGACCCCGACGCUCUGAGGACCAGCCUGCAGAGCGGCCAGCAGGGAGGCACAAGCAGCACGCUAGGGCCCCGGAGCCGGGCCAGCUACCCCAGCCACUGCCCCCCCAGCAGCCACCUCAGCAUCGACAGAACCAGCCUGACCAAUCAGCAGAACGCGCUGAGGAGCAGCCAGGCCGGCAGCCGCAGCCGUGAGGACGACUCGCUCUCCAAGAGCCCCGGCUCCGGCUCCAGCGGGGCCUCGGACUGGCGCGGCAUUCAGACUCUCGGGAAUCGGCCCAACGUCCCCAAAGGUUCCUCGGCAUCCUUCUACAGCACGCUGGGCGCCCCGCAGCACAAACCCCACUCCCCGCCCUCGCCUCGCUCCAGACUGUCCAACCAGAAGUCGGUCAGGAACCAGCUGCUCAGGGCACGAGCGUACCGGUUGGCCAGGGAGCGCAGCGAGGUCACCACGGAUGAGGAGGUGCGAGGCGAGGGCGAGCGGGACGGCGAGGAGGAGGGGGAGGACGGGCGGUGGGCGGGGCGCUACUGUAGCCGCACCGAGAGGAGGCGCCACCUGGCGUUGUCACGACAACACCGCGAGAGGAGGGGGGUCGGCGAGGAACUGGCCGGCGGGCUGCAGGGGGCGCUGUCCUCUCAGACGGUACUGGAGCUCAGCCACAGGAAGCAGAACCGGCUCAGGAACAGCAAGCUGCUUGAUGACUGGACCACCGUGGAAGAGCUGCUGACACAUGGGACAAGGGUGGAGAGCGACAGCCAACUGUGUCCCAGCCCGCUGCUGUCCGUCACCACCGUCUGA